AGCUCUGCGUCUGACGUACGUGUGUCACGUGACGGCGUGAGAAACAUGGCGACGGUGGCAGAUAUGUUCGAUGUGAGCUGGGAGGAUAUGCGCGACAAAUUAAGGAAAUGGAGGGAAGAAAAUUAUCGUAACAGUGAACAGAUAGUUGAAGUUGGAGAAGAGCUAAUAAAUGACUAUGCAUCAAAACUUGGUGAUGACAUUUGGAUAAUUUAUGAACAAGUGAUGAUUGCUGCCCUUGAUUGCAGUCGGGAUGACUUAGCAAUGUUGUGUCUGCAUGAACUUCGAAAGCAAUUUCCAGGCAGCCACCGAGUGAAACGAUUGACUGGCAUGCGAUUAGAGUCCUUGGAAAGGUAUGAGGAUGCCAACAAGGUGUAUGAUACAAUUUUACAGGAAGAUGCAACAAACACAGCAGCACGGAAGCGUAAGAUUGCCAUUCUCAAAGCCCUGGGGAAAACCACUGAAGCCACCAGGGAGCUGAAUGAGUAUCUAGAACAGUUUGUUGGAGACCAGGAAGCCUGGCAUGAGCUAGCAGAGCUUUAUAUCAAUGAACAUGAUUAUGGAAAAGCAGCAUUUUGCCUGGAAGAGCUUAUGAUGACCAACCCUCACAAUCACCUGUAUUGUCAGAAUUAUGCAGAGGUGAAAUACACACAAGGUGGUCUUGAAAACCUGGAGAUAGCUCGAAAAUAUUUUUCCCAGGCCCUGAAGCUAAACAACAGAAAUAUGAGAGCUUUGUUUGGGCUUUAUAUGACUGCAAGUCAUAUUGCCUCUAAUCCCAAAGCCAACGCCAAAAUAAAAAAGGACAAUAUGAAAUAUGCCACUUGGGCGGCUGCACAGGUUAAUAAAGCUUAUCAGCUUGCAGGUCGUGGUAAGAAGGAGACCAAGUAUUCGUUAAAGGUCGUGGAGGACAUGCUGGAUGCUCUGCAGAUCACGCAGUCAUAAAGCUAUGCCAGCACUAUGCCAGCAUUCUGGAUUAAGCACAUUGGAACCUGCCACUUCACUGCACCCUUGGAACUUGCAUUUCCUUCACCCUCUCUAUCCAAUCAAUGAUACUAGCUUUGUUGACAGAGAAGUCUAUUCUGAGAAUAUAAUAAGAAAUUCACUGCUCAUGGUAUUGAGAUUUCAUACAUUGGGUGAAUCUAUGACAAAAUAAAAUUUAACAGUAGCGCAUGGUGCUUGAGAAUUAAUUCAAGGGUGCAUUUAAGAUUCUGAGAAAGUACAUCUGCAGAAUAAAACAAAUGUCUCCCAGUAAUGGUGAGUUUGAGUUGACAUAUCACUCAUGAGAAAGACUUUCCUCAUCACACUUUAAAAACUUGUGAAAGAAUUGCUAGGAUUCAUUGUCACUUGUCUCAUUCUAUGAAAAUAACUCAGACAAGAAUGUUAUAAUCUGUGUGCUAUGCCUGUGAAUACUAAGAUGUAUGCAGUGAGUUUAUACCUGUGAUAGCAUCAAUCCAGUGAAAAUUCAUGGUUUUGAGUAGCUGAACCACACUUCAAUUCAGAUAGUUUUGUCCUCACAGAGAUGUACCCAAGUAGAUGCCCUAUUGCUGGAGUACCCACUGUGUUGACUACAGUAUCAGUAAGCUGAUACAUUCACCAGCAGCUAAUGCAUGUCCCGAUGUCCAUUGAAAUCACCCUGUGUGCUUAACUGGUGUGAAAUCUACCCAUCCAGGGCGGAUUUAAAACACGCACAGCCAGCUAAAAUGGAUCACAGGAAUUGGAAGCUCCGGUUUGCUCUCUACAAUCCCAGCACCACUGCAAGUGCAUCGGGAGGUGUGCAAGGUGUAUGCAUACCUACACAUGUACAGUCAUGCCGUGAGUAAUAGUGAUACUGUGGAGUGCCUGUAUGUAAGCAGUGUAACCUGACCAUCAUAUGUCAGGUGGUCCUGCUUUAUGCUUUUCACUCACACUGAUCCUGUAACUAAUCGGCAUUAACGUCACUAUCCUGCAUUUUAGAUCCCAGCAGUUUUAUUUUCUUUUUAGCCCUACUUUAAAUCAGACCUUAUUUUGACCUUUAUACUGGUGCAAACCAGUUGCUGGGGACAACAUCCUUAUACACUCCAAACACAUGAUGCAUCUAUUGUUGAACACGCCACUUUUUUCUUAUAAUAGCACCUCUGAAUUGUGGUGGGGAAGCAGUUACAGAUUUGGCCUUGGAACAGUAAUUCUGCAACAGAGCAUUGUAAGAGAAUUAUUGUGAAAUUUAAAUGACUAAAUUACUCAUUUAAUUUUAGCUACAUAUUUAUGUUUAGAUGACUGAAAUUGUUUAAAUGCACCAUUAAGUGAGAUAAUUCAAGGGAAAAGGUUAUGACUAAUGUUAGCUGAAACUUCAUUAGUGACAUUAACUCAAAGUACAUUUUACAACAUCAUGGGAAGUAAAUGUCCACUUUCUCCCUCCCAGACUUUGAGGUAGUUCUAUCUUCCUGCUACGAACGCUCAAAUAUGUUGUACCAAUAAUUUUGGUGUUGGACAGGUAAUUAGCAUGUUUUAAAAUCGACAAGUAGAUUGAGAAAAGUAAAACAAUGCUGAAGUAAUGUGUAAAGCAUUUUUUAUUGAGAGAGGAUUCCAAGGUUUAAAGUCUUUUGAUAGUCCCGGUUAUAAAUAAAUAAAUAAAUAAUGUUGAAGGAAAUAGUUGAAUAAACUGUGUCAAAAACAAUUGAGGACUCUAUUUAUAGGUUUCAUUCCACUUUAUAAAAAGUUAACACUGCUAGUCUUUUGUUCAUUUAUUUCUCUGCUGACGCAGCACACGUAAUGCAACAAGUUCAUUUAAAACCAGAAACGGACCAUGAAUUGUUGAACACUGGAGUCUUUGCAUCAUCGCCAUCUAGUGCAUAUUCCAUGCACUGUUUUCAAUAAACUACGAGUUUAUCA